AUGGCGAGCCACCUGCCGGGCAUGUCGGGGAAGCGAAGUUUCAAGAGAUGGGACGACAUCGAGGAACGAAUGCUAGCGGAGGCGGUGAAGAACUUUGGGGUGAAGGUUCUCAACAUGACGUUUGAACUUGCUACCAUGAUAGGGCUGGGAAAGGGUAGCGCAGGAAAUGAAGACAGACAGGACAUCGAAGCAGCUGUACGAUCACUGGAGUGCCUGGAGCUUCUUGAGAAACUCGGACCGGCCCCCCGGGAGUUGAAGAAGAAUCAACUCAAGAAGUCCACUAAACCAUCGAGCGACGGCCUGACCCGAAUUCCUUCUAUUCGCUAUCGCUACCAUCCCUUUCAGAGGGACGACCGUCUUCGCCAAGUCUGCGAGGAGGCAGACUUCGAGAGGAAGAGAGAAGCCGUCGGGAGAUACCUGACGCAUGUGAAUCUUCUUGAGGAGGUCCUCAGCCCCGCAAGACCAGAUGGAAUGAACGACGAAGAUGCAAUGAAGGACGACGAGGACAAGCUCGUGAAGACAAAGAUGGAGGGGGGCAAGCUUAUGGUGUACGACGAGCAGACGCUCAAGGCGCAAGAGGCAGUGACCAGUGGAUUGUUGGACAUCUUGAAGCUAGCAGAGUCGAUGGGAACGUUGGACGAAGAGCCCAAGGGAAUCAAAAGGGAAGAAGUGAAAUCGACGGGCGAUGAGAACGGGGGCAGCAUGGGAUGGGAGGACUCCCCGUCGAAGCUGUUUGUGCCUGGAGAGUUGAGAAAGUUGAGCCAGGAGGAGGUGGCGCAGGAUUUCUUCAACACGACGAGUAUGAUAUCACGAUACGAAUGGAAGACGAUUGGGUUAUGA